UCCACCACCAUCCCCCGCACUCUUUCCUCCCGCCGCUAGGAGGAGCUACGUAUCACUUUACGGCUGUUCUCUUCAGAACCGGAAGUUUUGCAGCAGCGACCGGGAGAAGAACAUAAACAGAGGUUCAGACGUGGUAACAUUCUGGAUCUCAGCUGACCUCCAGGAAUCUCCCUGUCCUGAGCCAAUGCUGGAUCUGGAGGUUGUGCCAGAGAGAUCCCUGGGCAACCAGCAAUGGGAAUUUACCUUAGGCAUGCCCCUGGCUCAGGCAGUAUCAAUCCUCCAAAAGCAUUGCAGGACCAUCCGGAAUGUGCAGAACCUCUAUAGCGAGCAGAGUCCUCUCAAUCAUGACCUCAUCCUCAGCCUGACUCAGGACGGGAUCAAACUGCUGUUUGAUGCUUAUAAUCAAAGGCUAAAGGUGAUAGAGGUCUAUGAUUUGUCAAAAGUGAAAUUAAAAUAUUGUGGGGUUCACUUCAACUCACAGGCCAUAGCUCCAACUAUAGAGCAAAUAGAUCAGUCUUUUGGAGCAACACAUCCAGGAGUAUAUAACACAGCAGAACAACUGUUUCACCUCAACUUUCGCGGUUUAUCUUUCUCUUUUCAACUGGAUUCUUGGACAGAAGCUCCAAAAUAUGAGCCUAAUUUUGCCCAUGGAUUGGCAUCAAUUCAAAUUCCACAUGGUGCCAUGGUGAAACGCAUGUACAUCUACAGCGGUAACAGCCUCCAAGAUACAAAAGCUCCUCCUAUGCCUCUCAGCUGCUAUCUGGGCAAUGUGUAUGCCGAAAGUGUUGACGUUCUACGUGAUGCAUCUGGACCCUUAGGGCUGAAACUGCGUCUGAUCAGCACAGGAGUUGGUCCUGGAGUGAUGGCUGAAGCAAAGACACGGAUGUCUGAGCGCUGUGUACAUUUUGGAGAUUCCUGUCAGGAUGUGUUGAGCACACUUGGUGCUCCACAUAAAGUCUUCUACAAGUCUGAGGAUAAAAUGAAAAUUCAUUCCCCAUCCCCCCACAAACAGGUUCCUGCCAAAUGCAAUGAUUAUUUUUAUAAUUAUUUCAGCCUAGGAGUGGAUAUUCUGUUUGAUGCAAAUACACACAGGGCCAAGAAGUUUGUAUUGCACACAAAUUAUCCAGGACAUUACAAUUUUAACAUUUAUCAUCGUUGCGAUUUCCGGAUUCCAUUAAUAGUAAAGAAAGACAACUCUGAAACACAGACAGAAAUCUGCACCACCUACAGCAAGUGGGACAGUAUUCAAGAACAUUUGGGGCACCCUAUGGAGAAGCCAGUUGUCUUACACAGAUCUUCCUCGCCAAAUAACACAAACCCAUUUGGAUCAACUUUUUGUUUUGGUCUACAGAGGAUGAUUUUUGAGGUCAUGCAAAACAAUCAUAUAGCAUCAGUUACCCUUUAUGGAGCCCCAAGAUCCACUGUACAUCAGAAAUCAUCAGAGCUGAGCCAGUAAGCACCAGAACAGCGGGUGAGGUUGUACAGCCCAGCGUGCCUUCACUUGCUGACAGUUACCCACACUAAAUGGAAGUAUACGCUGUUGGCCUUGCAGCAGAAAGAUGCAUGGAAUGUGGGUGUCUGCAGUCGUCGCCUCGUUUCCAGUUCCUGCCAGGCAUCCUUCUUGCAGCCAGUGUGCCCUCUGUGUCCCUGUAACCUCUUCUGCAGAAUGUUAGGGCCUCUGCUGCGUGUAAAAGCACAAACAAGCUCAAGCCACAUGUGGGAACAGGGCGUAAGAAGCCUUUGUGUUAGUGUUAUUGAAUUCAUGUGAUAGUCACAUCUGUAUAUAUUAAUAUCCAUGGGUAUGUAAACACAUUAAUAUCUCUGUGGUUAAGGACAGUCUGACAUGUAAUUGGUGUGUUUGUAUAUAUGCAUAGAUAUAUAUAUAUAUACCGUAUAUAUACAGCCACAUAUUCAGGUAUCACAUCAUGUGACUUUAAAAUUCAAAUGCACACAACCUACCAUCAGAACCUGUCUCUGUGUACAUAAACAAUAUAUGCUUUUUUCCCAUACAGCAGAGGUUGUUGGCACUGAUGUUGUCAAGAUUUGUUUUUCGGAUCAUUGUAUUCUGCUCCUAAAUAAUUGAUACAUAAGUCUAAAAGGGAAAUAUUCAUUUUUAAAAACAUUUUUGUAGCUGUAUGGAAAAUAACAGGGUUUCAGCUAAAAUCUAAAGCAAUUAAAAAAUUCCUAAUGCACAUACAGGGGUGUCCAAUACUGUACGUCUUGUAGGUAAUAUUAGGACGAAAUUAAUAUAAGGUACUUCCAUUUUGAAAUAUUCUAAUUAAAAAUCACAUUAAUUUAAAGUGUAUGUUUGCCAUUGAACACGCUUGUACAGUUCACACAAAGAAAUCUGAGUACCAUUGCACAUAUACUACAUUGCUUAUUUUGUAUUGAUUCUGAUUUUAAGCCUGUAUUAUAGACCAGAGUUACAUUCACAGCAUCAGAGCUCAUUCCUUGCUGGAUCAAUGCCUUUACAGAGCUUGCUAGGAAGUGUAGUCCUUUCACCAAACAGUAUACCUUCAUCAUAAGAGUUCACUUCAAGCUGUUGUUGUCGACCAUUUAUUUGUGAUAACCAAUUAAAUUGUGAAUGCAGCACUAUAAUACCAGCUGUAAUUCAGGAUUUGUACAAGAAAUGGAAUGUAUUUGUAACCUUAUACAACAUGUUAAAUAGGUUAUAUUUAGAUGUUGACAGUGGAAAGUAAUGAACAAAGGUGGACGUGUUCUUACUUUCUGAAAAUAAAGGGUAUUUAGGUAAUCCUUUACCUUUUGUUCCCAAAUGUGCAGAGGGCUGGAGUACACCACCAUUCAAGUGAGUGGGCCCGUCUACAGUUCCCUGCACAGUCACAUGAUUGGGAGCACCACCACCAUGCAGGGAAAACCUAGCAAAAUCCCAUCUCUUUAUUAGAUGGGAAAACCCUUGAAGCCAGGAGCCUCUAUUUACAUUUGCUACCAUACAGCAUUGCUGAAAUUUCAAGAAAUUGGCAUAUUAUAUUGGACAUUGGUACCUAUGUACUCUGCACUUUAAAGUGGCUCCAUUGCCUAAGUAUGUUGGGGGGGUGAUUCCGUGGGUUGCACCAUGUAUGUCCUUCCACAGUAUGUUUUCCCACAGAAUGGCUUCCUCUUCUGUUUUAAGGUAUUGGGUGCACUUUAAAAUUGUGUUUUUUAGGUUUGUAUACAUCUUUUGAGCAGUGUGUGGCUUGCCUCAUUGGUUAGGGGAAGCACUCUACACAAUGUGCUCAUCGCCUAUUUUCUUUUUGUUAUAAUUUUUUUGUUACCAUUUGCACUACAUACACUUUACUUGAUCAGUCAGUCUGUUCACUGAACAGCACCUGAGGGAUCUUUAUGGAUGUUCUGACAUAGAGCAAAGUGAUUAUUUAUACAGUGGGAAUUAACCCUCUCCUCCCCUCACGUAUAAUUACUUGACAAACUGAUUUUCUUUUUACAAAAUCCAGUUCAUCUCUGCUCUUGAUUUAGCUUUUACGUCCAUUUUGUUGUUGUAUUUUUAUAUUUUUCUUUCUGCAUACGUUUGUCUUAUGAUUACUCUACUCUGUUAAUUGAUGUGAUGUAACUUUUAUAUUUAGGAAGCGUCAUUAUUCUUAUUCUUUAAUGGAAACAGCUACAUUAGGACAUUUGGCUGCUCCUGCUCCAGAAUUGGUUGUAAUAAAAUGUGUGGAUAAUGUCUUAGAUACAUUGGUACAGUGUUUCAUACUGAGGCCAAACAUCCCAGAAUGCAUUAUUGUGAUAUUUUAUCCUUUCUUCUAGACAAUAGCCAAAGACUUAUGUUCAGCAUGUGUCAGAUGUUUUGCCUGAGAAUUUGCAAUGACAUUUUAUUACCUGUUAUGUAUUGAUCCAGGUUUAUAUAACGCAGCAAUAGAUUAAGACAGCCAAGAUGCACAAAUAACAUGGUAACCAGGUGAUGAAGGCUUUAUAUGGUCUUUGAAGAUUAUUAUUUUUUUUCGUAUUAAGCCUUUCUUGCCUGUGUCCUCUAUAAUUUAUUAAGUAUCACAUGUUUUCCAUUUACUCCUAGCAUGUUAAAGGUCGCUUAGCCCCAGAGUGUAAGAUAUUGGGGCGUUUACAGUGCAUUCUGAAAGUCUUCAGACCCUUUAACUUUGUUCACAUUUUGUUAUGUUGCUGCCUUGUGCUAGAAUAAACAGAGUUCAAGUUUCCCCAUCAAUUCACCCUCAAUGAGAAUGGGAAAAUAUUAUAUUAGAAAUGUUUGUAAAUGUAUUAAAAGGGAACAACUAAACUUUUUGCAUGGAUAUUACGCAAGUAUUCAAACCCUUUACUCAGCGAUUACAGCCUGUAGUCUUAUUGGGUAUAAUUCCACAAGCUUUGAACACCUGGAUUUUUCUGCCAUUCUUUUCUGCAGUUCCUCUUAAACUCUGUCAGGUUGAAUGGGAACUUUUGGUGGAAGCCAUUUUCAAGUCCAGCCAUUUUCAGGCUCCACAGAUGUUCGUUUGGUUUCAAGUCAGGGCUCAGGCUGGGCUACUCAAGGACAUUGACAGAGUUCUCUUUAAGCCACUCCUGUGUUUUCCUGGCUGUUUGCUUAUUAAGGUAAUUGUCUUGUUGAAAGGUGAAUGGCCCAAUCUGAGGUCCAGAGCACUUUUUCAGGUUUCAUUAAGAAUAUCUUCUUUUCCUCAACCCUGACCAGUCACCUUGUCCCAGCAACUGAAAAACACCCAGACAGCAUAAUGCUGCCGCUACCACCACGCUUUACUGCAGAUAUGGUAUUGGGCAGGUGAUGAGCAGUGCCUGGUUUCCUCCUGACAUGAUGCUUAUAUAUUAGACUAGAAAGUUCAAUUUUGGUUUCAUCAGACCAGAUAAUAUUGUUUCUCACAGUCUGUCAGUUCUUUUAGAUGAUUUUUUUGCAAACUCUAGGUGGACUUUUAUGUGUAUUUUACUGAGGAGAGGCUUCUUUCUUGCCAUUCUGCCAAAAAGCCCAGAUUGGUGGUGUGCUGCAGUGAUGGUUGACGUUGGAAGUUAUCCCCCAUCUGCACAGUUUCCCAGCCAGAGUGACCAGUAGGUUCUUGGUCACCUCUCCUAGCACGGCCCUUCUCCCCAAAUUACUUAGUGUGGUGGGGCAGCCAGCUCUAGUUCUGUUUUUUCUAAAUGUGUUCAAUUUAAGCAUGAUGGAGGCUACAGAGAUUUAGGGGACAUCUUUUGUACCCUUCUCCAGAUCUGUGUCUCAUUAAAAUCCUGUGUCUAAGCUCUAUAAGCAGUCCCUCUCAUUCCCCUCAUGGCUUGGUUUAUGCUCUGAUAUAAAUUGCCAGUUGUGCAACCUUAUAUAGUCAGGGUUGGGUCUUUACAAAUCAUAUCCAAUAUGGUGAAUUUACCACAUGUGACUCCAAUGAAGGGGCAGAAACAUCUCCGAGAUAUUCAAAAUAAAUGGAGGGAACCAAAGCUAAAUUUCAAGUGUCAUAAAAAAGUCUGAAUACUUAUUUCCAUGCAAUAUUUAUGUUUUUCCUUUUUAUUUUUUAUUAAUUUGCAAAAAAUAAUGUAAAAUGCUGUUGUAAUGUGUACUGUUUCGCUUUGUCAGUAUAGAGUAUUGAGCACAAGACCUUUAACAUAGCAUAAUGUGAAAGGGUCUGAAAACUUUCCAAAUGUAUUGUAAAUUCUGUAAUGGGAAAAUCAGCCUUCAACAAAGAACUUAGCCCUAAAAUUUCCCUACGAGUAAUCGGGGUAGACAGGGGAGAGGUAAUGUAUAGUUAUGUAUCCCAUUUGUAAACUUUUGCUGUAAGAUCUUGUGAUAUAUGGACAAAAUUUUGUGUGUUUUCCACAAAAAAUAGUGUACAGAUUUUUGUAUAUAUGAUCUUUUUGUAAGACUAACUUGUGUGUAGAUUAAAUAAAUUUUCAGCAUAAGAGCCAGAAUUAAAAAGAGGAGAGAACCCCCAGGACCAGGCCGCUGGAUAGAGUGAUGAUGCAGCAUUGUCCUAUGUGAUCUAGUCUUCCUUCAUUCAGGCAUCCCAUAUCCCUGGAUUAGGUGUUCAUUGAGGUUAUGUCACUUGUACCAUUGGCUGCCAAAAGCUUUGUGACCCUUUAAAAUCUGAAUAAUCUUUACACUUUUAAGGUAAAAAAAAAAAUGUAAAGUUAUCUUAAUUUAUAUGUUUUAAAUGUUUUCUUAAAUACAAACAGAAGAUGUUAUGACUACAACUGAAUGUUACUGUCACUCUCAGAACUCCCAAGCAUUCACCAAAUAUCAACAUUCUUAGUAUUUGGAUGAGUAGUUACCAGAAUGUCUUUGAAGGGAUUUGCAGCUGAUGUCUUAUACUUAGGUUUAGUGAUCAAUGUAAGAUUGAUGGGGUUUAGACCCCUGGGAGCCCUGUUGAUAAGUAGAGUGAAGAGGCCACAGUGGUCCAAUGAGCGCCGCUGCUUCCUUGUCCUGCUAAUGGGCUCUGAAAUUUGGUUCACACUAUUCAUACAUUGAUGAUCUAACCUUAUCGAUGUGCCAUCAGUUACAAAACCUCUUUAAGAUGACUGUAAACUUGAGAUAUUUGUUGGAAUAUCCUGACAAUGUUAUGUCUGUAUGACAUUUAGAUCACAUGCAGAUCCCACCAAAUUUAAAAACCUCUGUAAACAACUUUCUAUAUUAGGCUCUGUUUGCAUUAAUCUGUAUCUGUUAUGCCCUUUUGUAAUUGAUCCUAAUGGAUCUCUUUGGUAAUCCAUUAGAUUUGCUGCAUAUAAUCACCAUAUUAGCAUCGCACAUUUUCAAUCUGUUUUUUUUUUUUCCAUUUUAAGUGUCACUAUGCAUAUACACUGUGCAUAACAAAAUGAAAGAAGCGAUCUGAUUGGUUGCUAUGGGCAACUCAGCAACUUUUCCUCUGGACAGGUUUUGAUAAAUCUCCCCCACAGUGUAUCAAUCCUGUACUAAACCCCAGCUAUUUUUAUUUAUGCUGGUAUACCUGAAAGGCUUCUUUAUUGUUUGCCUGAAUAACUAGGCCUAUAGAUGCAGAUUGAUGCAUAAUGCAUCCUAUAGAUGUUCGAUAAUGGUGAGCAGUGAUCACCAUCCUGACAGACUUUAGCCCAAGGUCUAUGAAAAGAGCAUAGCAGAUCUGGUUGAAACCUUCCAGACAAACUGAAUUGUUUUCCCUAAAAUAAGCGGAUGCCUAGCAGCCACCUAUCUUCUCCACUUUAUAUUGUUAACACACUCAUUUCUCUGACAUGCAGAAGGGGGUGCGGAAGGGAACUACUAGAAGUGUUACUGAAAAUCACCUCUUUGGUGUACAUGAAGAGAAUGUUACAACAGCUUACUUAAACUCUGAUCUCCAGUUUAGUUGUCCCCAUGAUCCGUGAUGUAUACAGAAUUUUGGUGAGAGAUGUCACAGUCACACAUAUGUACAAAUACAAAUGAUACAUGCAUUAUGUACCUUGAGAGGCGUUUCUGCCCCCGUAUGACCUCUUACAAGAGUUCGCAGACCGCAGGGAGAAGCCUGCACAUUGUUUCCUACAUUUGCUACAUAGGGGAGCUGCGCAUACCUUGACUGCUGUCAUAUUGUGGACCCACAGCCUACAAUCAAGUGUUUAGUAUUGUCAAUGCCAAAUAGGCAUUUGGCCUCCUAAAAUACCCUACCUAUCUGCAUUCCUCUGUUCUGACAGAGGAAUACAAAUGCAUUUUUCAAACUCUUAAUAUUUAAACUUGUCAGAGAGGCAUUGUGUGGUUCCCAGACACCAUACUCAUCAAUGUGGACGAGGAUUAAAAGUUAAUAGCUAUACACUAUUUUUAAUGUACUCUAAAAAAUAAAAAUAAACUUUUUUUUAUAACAGGCUUUAUUCUCCAUUUUAAGGUAGCAUAAAAUAUGCUGCACAUUAACCUCCGUUUGUGUUCCAGUCCUGGGGCAACCUCCUCUAGUAGCAUACCUGCUGCUCAUGUCUACUUUUGUUUACAUUGCUCAUCCCUCCAAGUAUUAAGUCUGGUAGGUCUUGGUGACAUCACCUGUCCAUGUAAGAUAACGACAAAUGUACAUGGGGGACGGGAAGCAUCGCUUGGGCCAAGAAACAGAAUUACUUUAUGGAUUUAAUAGACAUUUAGAAAUUAUUGUGGGGUUCACAGCCUAAGAUUUUAUUUUGUGCAGUUUUUUUCUGUACAGGUUCAGUUCAGGAAAUGUUUAAUUAUAACUAAAUAUGAGGGUGUUUGUGAUCAUGCUUUUUUCUUUGUUUUAUUAUUAUAUAUAUCAUUUUUUAUAAAUACUCUGGAACCUGAUCUGUAGCCCUGAACAGCAUGUGCACCCACUGGUCAAUAAAGGGAGACCCUUGGUCACAAAUCCUGCUCU